AUGUCUACGAAUAACGCCUCUCUUGAGGCUGCGGCAACGGAACGCAAAGCCAGACUUGCCAAACUCGCAGCCCUCAAAAGAAAACAGCCCGAGCCCGAACCUCUGACUGAGACCUUUGCAGAAAAGGACCAAGAAGAAUUACAAGAAAAAGGCGGCGAAAACAUAACAAAAACAUACCUCUCUGGUCGAAACUAUGACGCCGAAACCCGCGGCCCCAAACUCGGAUUUGAGCAAGCACCCAUCGAAGGACAAAUAACGCUCGAACAACAAGCAUCAGAGAUAGCAAGGAUAGCAGCUGAACAAACGAAACAGGAAGAAGAAGUAGCCGCAGAGCAACCUAUAGAUCUAUUCAAGCUACAACCCAAGAAGCCGAAUUGGGAUCUCAGACGGCACCUAGACGAAAAGAUGAGGGUGUUGAAUGUUAGGACGGAAAAUGCGAUUGCGAGACUUGUUCGACAGAGGAUUGAGAAUACGCAGCGGGAAGAGAAGGCCAAAAGGGGGAGGGGCAAUGGAGAAGAUCAGGGCGAAGAUGUUGGAAUUGAAGGUGAUGCGUUGGUCGAAGGAAUCCAUGUCCGCGAACAGGAAGCAGCGGAGGAUGAUGAUGAGGAUUUGGUGUGA